CUAAACGAUAUUGCUACAAGUGCUCGAUGCCCGAGCGAAAAAUAACAGAUUUCUUCUUGCCUCGCUCCGCCGCUGUUUCCAAUGAACGCGGCGAGAAGCGGGCAGUCAACGACACCCCCAACACACUAGGAUUCAAACGCCCAAAGCAAUCGCAUAAUGCGGCACAGGACCUUCCCAUCAAAGACCCGUUGAAACAUACCACCGCUCAAGUUCGGGGCCGCAGAGGCACCCCAUUUUUUCAUGAAGGAAGUCACGAGAGCAACAAAGGGUUCCUUGAGCAAGAGCAGAAAGGCGAAAGGGAAGUUGAUGCAUGGGUGCAGGAGGUCAUCCCACGACUCCAAAGCGGCGAGAAGAUACCAAUUGGCGAUGUCUUUGCCCAUGAAUUCAUGCUCUCCUGUCCCGAGUUCUUCACGCAGUACAUCGGCUGGGAUCGAGAUUGGUCUGCAGCUCAGCCGUACACUAGAAUUGGCUUCCCAAAAAACCGGGAACCUAUAGAGAAUCCAUUCCCGGAACUUUUAACAGCGCCUCACCAGAUGUCAGCAGAUAUAAUGCUGCACGCCGAUAUCCACCCAGGCGCCUGUACGACGCUUCCGUUUACUCGACGUAAGUUUGCGAGCUUGGACCCUGUGCUGAUUAAGCUAUUUCACUGGGAGAACAGGACCCCGAAGCAGGGGUUGUGGAAGCUGUGGUUUCUGGGUAAUGGGUUCUUGAGGUUGGAGAUAGAUACGCAGCCGUAUACUGGGAAGCCCGGGAAGCUUAUGAUAUCCGGCAUCCAAGAGAAGGGUAUAUCAGACACCAAGAGGGCAACCGAUUCGAAAGAGGCUUCAAGCGAAGAGUCUGAGCCUAAAGAAAGUUGAACAUAGAACCAGGGGGGGAUGGGGAGGACUACUCCGGCGACAAUGUAGGUGAAAAACC